AUGUUUGUGUAUAUGUCUUUGUCACCAGAACCUAGAAAUUCUAACCCCAACAAGCAAAGACAUUUUUACAGGCAUUAUGGCUGUGAAUACGGGAAUGAUCCUGAAAGACCUAUUGCUUGGAGAAUGGACAAUGAGAAAUAUGGGCAGAGUAAACCAAGAGUUGCUUCUCAUGAAAAUAUGUAUUACUGGUCUUGUGAAAAUAGAUCACCUUCCCAAAACAUAAGAAGAAACUCUUCAGAAAAUUCUUACAAGCCCCACCAAGUGUAUUCACUAGGAAGAGGUGACGUUAAUAAAAGAUCUCAGUAUAUGCCAAAAUACUCAGAAGGUGUACCGUACAAUGAGCAGGAGAGGAAUCAUUAUUCCCAGAAGGUGCAAGGAAGAAAUUUUCACGAUGACUCCACAGUUAAAGGAAGUGAAAAAAGAGGGAAACCACCUCAGAGAUCAGUAGCAGAUUCUUUUAGAUUUGAAGGAAAGAGGGAUGAAGAUGAAUUUAGGCACCAGUGGAUACAAGAAGGAAAAUACUCUCAGUCACCUAGAAGAGGCUCUGAAGACUUUGCAACAAGGAGCUCUUUUCAGAAAAGGUAUCCUGAGGAUCGUGAUGUGAGAAACUAUCAAUAUACACCAACAAGACCUAAAGAUGGAGAGAAGUAUGAGAACAGAGAGCUUGCCAAGCACCCACAGUGGAAGCCUGAGCCUUCUCUUCCACCUUCUCAAGAAAAGAAAGAUCAGAGGAACUUUGGACCCCAAACUUAUCCAUAUUCUGUAAGGGACCUCUCAGAAACCAAUUCGGUAACCAAGAUAUCCUAUUACUACCAGUACAAACAUCAUAAGCCCUCAGAUUGGGAUCAGGACUUUUCUGAUGGAAGAACUCUAAAGUACUCUAAGGAAGAAGAUAGAAUACAUAGUUCUCAAAAAGGCCCUGUAAAUAGAGAGUCAGAUUGUUUUAAUACUGGAAGAGGGAGAGAGUCUAAAGAUGGGCUAGUCAAAGAACCUUUUAAACAGAUUAAGAAAGACUGCCUUGCUGGUACUUAUUCAAAUAGAACUGAUGUUGAUUUGAGACCCUUUAAUGAUGAAUGGAAGGAAAAAAUAAAGAAAGAAGAGGAUUUCAGAAGAGAGAGCAACCCUUCCAGUUACCAACUUGAUAAUAGUAAAAAAGUUUCACAUAUGCAACCCUCAUCUUUCUAUGGUAGGGAGAAAUCGCUUACAGUUAAAGUGCACGUGAAGAAACCAGUAGAUACAUUCAGGGUUGCUUCUAGCUAUUCCACAGAGAGACAGAUGUCACAUGAUUUGGUUGCUGUUGGCAGGAAAAGUGAGAACUUUCAUCCAGUGUUUGAACAUCUUGACUCAACUCAGAAUAUUGAAAACAAACCUACAGGAGAAUUUACUCAGGAAAUUAUAACAAUAAUCCAUCAAGUUAAAGAAAAUUAUUUUUCAUCACCUGGCACUACUCUACAUGAGCGUUUCUCAAAAUUGCAAGCAAGACAAGAUGCAGGUGUAACUGAACUUAAAUUGAAUUCAGAUCCCAGAAUUCACAGGAGAAUAGACAUGUCUUUGGCUGAGCUUCAGAGUAAACAGAUUAUGGGCUAUGAAUCAGAACAGAGUCUGGUCAAAGUAAUAGAUCCAAAUGACCUACGACAUGACAUUGAAAGGAGGAGAAAAGAACGGUUACAGAAUGAAGAUGGGCACAUUUUUCACAUAGCUAGUGCUGCAGAGAGGAAUGAUCAGCGUUCCAGUUUUUCAAAGUUGAAUACUCACACUGAUGGAUUCAAAAAUUCUAUGUGCUUUACAAAAUCAAAUUUUAGAAAAUUUGUUCAGAAACCUAACAGGACCAACUUUAGAGGUGGCAGAUUCCAGCCCCAUUAUAAAUCAGGCCUAGUACAGAAGAGCAUGUACAUUCAGGCUAAAUAUCAGCGUUUACGAUUUGCUGGUCCAAGGGGAUUUAUCACUAAUAAAUUCAGAAAAAGAUUACUGAGGAAAAAAAAGUGGGAUGUGCUGCUAGACCAGAUGACGGGUCCUUCUGCUGCUCACACAUUGGUCCCUGGAAUUGAGGAGCUGGGAGAGCCCUUGACAGUCGUGGCCCACGUCAUCAGAUGGUGA